AUGGAUUUUGGAACAAUAUACAGCAAUCUUCAAAAUGGUUCGAAGUAUUUGAAUUCUGAGGAUGUAUAUAAGGAUGUACAACUCAUUUGGAGACAUUGGUGCAAGUAUAAUUACAAAGGUGAUUAUGUUUUGGAACUUAUGACAAGUGUGAAGAAGAAAUUCAUGAAGCACUGGAUAGCAGCUAAUUUGUACUGUGAACCAACUCAAAAGACCAAUGGACAUUCACUACCUCCUAUGCGGUAUGACACAAGGCGCAAAAAAUACGUGGCUAAAUAUCCAGAGGGCCACAUGAUUGGCGGACCCAACCAGUCCCAGCCCCAAUUGAUCAAAAACGAACCAUGUCACUCGCAGAAGCUGCCACAAAGCAUUAGCCAACCACAGGCCUCCCAACCACAGGCUGGCAGUGAUAUCGGUAGCAUAGCAAACUCACCACCUCAUGCAGGCUAUACAAAUGAUUGUGCAGGACAAUCUCACUUACCACCUCAUAGGGAUCAUGGCUUGAGGAGAAAAAAUUACAUGCUGAAUCAUCCGGUGGGUCCGAUGAUCAACAAACACUGCCAGCCUAAGCCACAGCAGCCCAUACUAAGUUUCAACCAGUCAUAUCAUUUACAGCAGCCGCAGCAGACGACUUGCCAAGCCCAGCCCUCCCAUCCUCAGGCUGACACUGGAGGACAAUCACCUACAAACUCUGUCAUGGGGUGCAGUAAUUAUAAGUCAAGUUGUCCAUCAGGUCCUGUGAUCAACAAUCCUGGUUCACAGCAGCAGAUUCAGGAGGCCCCAGAAUGCCACAACCAACCAUGCAAGUCAGUGUGCAAGCCUAGGAAAAAGAGGUGUCGAGGCCCUGCACGAUGCCGCUUCUUGUGGGACUUGUCUGAUGGUGAGCGAAUAGAUGUUUCAAUCAACAGAUUUGGGCAGCCCAUUGGCCGUGAGGCUGCCAAGCUCAGCAGUUUCAUGGGUACCAUAGCACGGAAUGGCUACAUUGCACCCCUUACUUAUGUCAGCUGGAAGGCUGUACCUUAUGCAGCCAAAGAGGAUAUGUGGCAGAUUGUCCAGUCAAGGUUCAACAUUGAUCCGAAGGGGAAAAGUUGGGUCAUUAAGUCUCUUGCAACAAAAUGGAGGAGCUUUAAGUCCUUAGUAAAGGCUAAAUAUGAGCAACUAAGGCACCGUGAUAGGAGGGUCCUUCCGCAUCAAUGGCCGAUCCUCAUAUCCCACUGGAACUCUGAAAGGGAAAAGGUGCGAACUGCUAUAAAUAAGGCUUGCCGCGCAAAGAUGAAGGAUGUGCAUACUUUAGGGAGGAAGAGCUAUGCGAGGUUACGUGAGGAGGAGAGGGAGAAGAGGCCAAAUGGGGAGGAGCCAACUAGGGAUGAGAUGUAUAUAUUAACCCACACACAUAAAGAUGGGAAACCUGUUAAUGAGGAAGCAGCAGCCAAAAUUUCAAAGCUCCGUGAAUUAGCAUCUCAGCAACCAAAGACCUCAAAUGACCGGGAUGAUAUCUUCUUUAAAGUCAUGGGACAAGAAAAACCUGGAUACGUGCGCACAUAUGGCUUGGUACCAAACCCCUCUGAUGUAUUGGGCUCAACAUCUAGCCUUACAGAGGCCAAGAUGGUAGCUACUGCAGAGAUGAGUAAGAUGGUGGAGAAAAUGGAGGCCAUGGAGCAAAGAUACACUUGCAUGGAAGCACAGAUAACUAAGAUGACAUCAUACAUGGAAAGAUUCCUCAAGAAGCAAGAUGAACAGAGUGGCAGUGAUGGUUGAAACAAAUGGAGCCAUUUAGCAAGCACUGUCUUACUGAAUUGAUUGGAACUUACUGGAUUUUGUUGAUAAUAAUGCUUGAGUUGUAAACAAGUUUCAUUAAUAUGGUUUUCUUUUAAGAUUAUGAUCAGAAUGUAAUGAAUAAGGUCCAUAUAUAAACUUCAUAACUGU